ACUUGAAGGGGGUUUGUUUCGACCUUGGAGUUUGACGUAAGCGGCAGCAUGGCAGGCAGGGAACCAAACGUAAGUGUUGCAGUGACAGUAUUAUUUUGGUGCACAGCAGAAAUGUCUAUUUUCCUAUGAAGGGUCAGAUGCUCUCGUAGACUUAAAUGUGCAUACUGACCAUCAGCUAGUUAUGAAUGAAAAAAACGUAUGGGUUGGUCACCUGUCAAAUCAGUUAGCAUGUCGCACUGGUUGACUUGUCUCAUGGUUCAUUGCAUAACUUGAUUUAAAAGGUCGUGAACCCUCUAAGUUAGGUUAUCAUCUCUUUAUGUAAAUGUGUGUCUAGAGUGAGUGAACACGUAGAUGCUGAUUCAUCUCUACUGCCUCACCACUUCUCUCACUUCACCCUCAUCCUUGGGUAAUGUAAAGGAUGCCAAAUGAUACAAACCCAGUUAAGUUAUUGAAAGUUAAGUAAGCCCUUCCCCAGUAAGCCCUCAGGAUUUAGUUUGAAGUGCUUGAAAUUAUAAAUAGUACACUAGGUUAGUUGUGUGCUUUCUGUUAUAUCAGCAUGCAAACCCCAUUCACUCAGCGCUGGCUAUUGUAUGACAGUAAGAGAACUUUUUCAAAUUAAAAAAAUGUAUUUUCACAAGUUAGUUUGGUACCCGUAUCUGCAUUGAACAACUCUCUUAAACCAAAGUGGCCAGUCAGUCAGUCUUUGGAGAAGUAGCCCCUGUUUUCUUUUAUUUCAGUAUGAGAAAAGCUCAUGUGCUCUUUUGAAUGCUGCAGAUUUUUCAAUUGAUUUCAGGGGCAGCUGAAAAUCAGUGAUUGAGUUGGUCACUUUAUUUGGUUUUAAACCUUGGUUUUGCUUGGCUGUAAGAUCUAAUGUGAGUAUGAUGAAGCUGACAAAUUAGAGAGGAUAUGAAGGAGUGGUUCCCAAACCUUUGGAGGAUGAAAACGUUCUGUGCCUUGAACAGCAUAUGAUUAUUUUUUUCUGUAAUUUUUAAUUUCUGUGUUAGAAGAAGAAGCCAUUCAGGGUUCUUGUAUGUGAAUUUUGUAUAAUGCAGAGAGUGGUUUAUGUUUGACUGAUGCAGCUUUCACAAAGCCAUGGGGGUCCUGGGCUGGACUAAGUAUCGUGACAAACAUUUCACUUUUUUGUUUUUGGUUACUGAUUUCAUAAACUACUGAUCAUCCCUAUAUUUCCUUCCUGUAGAACUUAUAUCAAAAAUGAAUCAAAUAGGGCAAACUAAAUCCAGAAAACAAGUCUCAUGCAUGGUCUCUGUUAUUGUCCCACCCCCAAAUGCACACACACCGUAGCGCUUUGUCCAGCACCUGAGGGAUCUGACAGGCCGGAUGUCCUCGUCUGGUGGCAAAGGGGCAGGAUUAGGACUGAAGCUGCUGCUUGGAGCUGGUGCAAUGGCAUAUGGAAUUAAAGAAGCCGUCUACACAGGUAAACAAAAGUUCAGAUCAAAAACAUCUGUCUUAAUGAAGGAUCGUCUAAUUUAGGUGGCAGUGAGUGUGUUGGUGUUUUUAUAAUAAAGGCUAUGUGGUCAUUCAGUUUUAUUUUCCAUUUUGUCUUUAUUUCAUCAAAUCUGGAUCUGAAUUGAAUUGUGGGUUGAAUGUGAUUAUACAUCCUUAAAAAUAGUGCAUGUGGUAGUGGUCUUGUGUGUUGUAAGGAUCAGUGAGCUCAGUUUUACUUUGUUUGUAUGCUAGUUAACCUCUACACUGUGUGUGUGUGUGUGUGUGUGUGUGUGUGUGUGUGUGUGUGUGUGUGUGUGUGUGCGUGUGUGUGUGCGCGUGUAGUUGAAGGUGGUCACAGAGCUAUCAUCUUCAACAGGAUUGGCGGGAUGCAAAUGGACACUAUUCUGGCUGAGGGGCUCCACUUCAGGUAGGAUUCAGUGCUUUCAUUGUUGUGUCUCAGGAUCAUUACUGUGUCAGAAAUAGUACACUAAAAAUCUUAGAGUGUAAAACAGUAAAGAACAAAUGCAUCAGUCCUUUGUUUUUUUUGACCUGUAUGAACUGAGACCAACUCCAAACUUGUAGCAGUAAUUUUUUUUCAGAGAAGAUAUUGAUCUUUCUCUCUUGGACAUAAACAGUGGUAAUUUGUGGUCAUGGAUCACAUGAAUCACAUUUUACAGAUGAUGCUAACCAUACAGAGGCAAACUUGCACAAGUAAAAUCCAAAAUAAGCUGAAUAGACCCUUAGCUGUUUGUGUUCUUCAAGAGAUGAACCUUUAGGGCUUGUCUUUAGAUCAACCCGUCACAUCUAACCACAGGCUUUAGCAUAUACUGUUGAGUUGAGUCUAAGUGAUUCAAAAGAUACAGUCAAAAACACUGGGCCUGUGAGACAAUGCCGUUGUGUCUUCUUACACACAAACUGAGUAGUCAGCACUUUGUCCAUCCAGCAAUCAACGUCUGGAUGGACAAACUGCCCACUCAUAUUUCCAGAGCCGUGCCACCCCCUUCCACUGAGCAGAUAUCAAUCAAAUUGGAUUGAAUUACUCAGUAGCGUACCACUGUUCUCUUCACAUGCAUGAUUAAAGCCUGAUGAGGGUGGAAAGUGUUGUGAUGCUACGCUGGUAUGCAUGUGCAGCUAAGUGGUUGCUUGCUCUUUUAUGUAGGGGUGGGAGAAAAAAUCGAUACAGCAUAGUAUUGCAAUAUUUUGUCUAGUGAUAUAUCGUCUCAUCCACCAAGUGUCGAUUUUUUCAAAUUAAUUGCUAAUAUGAACUCAAGUCUAGUCUAUAAGAAAAUAAACAAACAACAAACAUGGCAACACCUAGGGAAGGACAUUAGGAAUGCAAGUAUGGCACAAAUGAAAUAGACCUGACACAUAAGGUUUGCAAGAAGUGCUGCAUGAAAAUAAAAUACUGUGUAAAUAAGACAAACGUACCAGAAAGACAAAUGCUUAAUCAGCUAAGCAUUUGAAAAAGUUGUACAAAUCACAGUAUGUGGUAUUGCAAUACUCACUGUAUCGCAAAACGUUUUAAAUCACAGUAAUAUUGAAUCGUGGCCCGAGUUUCAUGAUAAUAUCGUAACGUGAGGCCACUAGUGAUUCCCACCCCUACCUUUAAGCACCAUCUUUUGGGUUCCUCUCUGCUUUUUACACAGCUAUACUGGUUGCAUGGCCUGUAGGAUGCUGCCUUGUUUUACGCUCAAUACUGGCAAAGUCAAAGAUUUUUACACAUGCUAUUAAAUUGGUGUCUGUGUUGUAGGAUCCCAUGGUUUCAGUACCCUAUAAUAUAUGAUAUCAGAGCCAAACCAAGGAAAAUAUCCUCUUUGACUGGCAGCAAAGGUAAAAUACACACACAUACACAUCGUGUCUUUUGGAAGUAGGGCCAUGCUGUGAGGGAAUCAGGUUCAUGUUUGUCAGAAUUGGCUUAUUAACAAAGAAAGCAGAGUUGUUGCCUCGUUUUCUUUUCCAGUUCCUUAUUGGAAAACGAAGUGUACAACACAACCAUAAAAUAUGACAAAGGACGUUUUCUUUCUUUCGCAGCCCCAACACAAAAAGGACAUUUUAGAGUGUAUAGCAUUCAGGUUUACUGGCAAGUGAUAUGUCCUAUGAAGAAUCUUAAAUUGUAAGAGUUUAUGCCUCCAGUCAAUGAUCCUUAUUGAACAUCAGAGCAAAUCAGUUUUUCUCUUUCACAGAGGGUCUUGGUUCUUUCUAUGUACCGCUUUUACAUCAGCAUGUUAUAGGCCAGGUUACUACCUAUUGUUACAGCAUGACAGGAAAGCCCAAAGUUUCAUGGAAAGGCAAAUGGAGAGGCUUAAAGGUUUUCAAAUCAAUUUUUGAACGGGAUAUAGCAAAAAAAAUCACCUUUUCAUAGUGUCUAAAUAUGUAUUACUGCUUAAUUUUCUGUAAACAUUAAAAGUGCUUCCCUUUUGUAACAUCUUACCUUGAGCAAACCAUACCUGCUGAUAAGAUUGUUUACAGCGUCUCUUGUCAAAGAGUGCACCCCCCUGCAUUUAAAGACUGUAAACGUUCCUUUAAAGACAUUGCACUUAUUUAAGUCCAUGUCACACAAAAGAGAUAACAUUGAUGGGUGUUGUGUUGGUAUUAAGAUCUUCAGAUGGUGAAUAUAGGAGUACGGGUACUGUCCAGGCCCCUGGCAUCCAGUCUACCUGCAAUGUAUCAACAGCUCGGGAAGGACUAUGAUGAAAGAGUGCUGCCCUCCAUUGUCAACGAGGUCCUGAAGUCUGUGGUGGCAAAGUUUAAUGCCUCACAGCUCAUCACACAGAGAGCACAGGUAUCAUGUCAUGAGCUCAGUCAUGUUUGUUUAAUGACUGACUGUUUCAACACAAUAGCUAAUAUGAUGAUAUGAUAUCAUGGUAGUGACUUGGUUCGCAACUGGUUGCUUCUGUUUAUGUGUGUGUGUGUUUGUGUAUGUCUAUGUAUAAUGCAUUUGUAUUAUGUAUCCUGUACUGUUCCUCAGGUGUCGCUGCUGGUGCGCAGAGAGCUGUUUGAGAGGGCUAAAGACUUCCACAUUAUUCUUGAUGAUGUGUCCAUCACAGAGCUGAGCUUCAGCAGUCAGUACACUGCCGCCGUGGAGGCCAAGCAAGUUGGUAAGGCUCAGUAUCACACACUGAGGCACACUGAGCUUUAAGCAGGGAUUUCAAUCAUCUCAGCUCAAAUGAAAGGGCUCUUUCUUAAGGACGUGUCCAGCUUUAUAGAUGAGAGGCCUUCAGGAGCUUCAAUGAGUUAAACACGCAGAUCUUGAUUUUAAUAUCAUCACCUCCACAGUCUUUUCACUUGACGUCAUACACACAGUUCUUCUUUGUUAAUCACCUGCAAAACACACACCAACAAAACUUACAAUUUGUUUGGAUGUACACACAAUUUUGUUCUUUAUUUGGUAUCCUGGUAAAUCGGGUCAGUAGAGUAUCAAAUCUUAAAACUACUCCCUAAUAAGGGUAUGUAUGAGAAAAACCUUGAUGUCAUGUGAAUUGUGAGUUAUACUCUGUGUCUGCUGAAGCUUGUUUGACUAACUUAGAUGUGGAAAUCAUCUUCAGUGCCAUGAUACAGUAAAUUGUCUCAUUUUCAUCAUCCCCUCACAGGCAAAAGUUGUCCCCAAAAAAAGUCAUAACAUGUACAUCUACUUAAGUCAUAUACAUGAUUCGCUGUCCUUGUGGCCUGACGUUUAUGACUAGAAAACUGAAACAAAGCAUCUGCCACUAAUAAACUGUAAUCAGUCAACCACUAAUGUUUAAUGCAUCAAAAGUGUAAAACAUUUUUAAAUUUGUAGGUUUGUGCAAAGAUGUCCUGAAGCUGUAUUCUACCAACCACAUCGUUGAUAUAGGUGACAAUAAUGCAAGUGUGUGUUUUAGCCCACCAAGAGGCCCAGAGAGCCCAGUUCUAUGUGGAGAAAGCCAAACAGGAUCAAAGACAGAAGAUCAUCCAGGCUGAGGGAGAGGCUGAAGCAGCAAAGAUGGUAACUGACUGACUGACUGACUGGCUGGCUGGCUGGCUGGCUGACUGGCUGACUGACUGACUGACUGACUGACUGACUGACUGACUGACUGACUGACUGACUGACUGGUCCACCUAACUUUUUCUCACUCUAUAGAAAGCAGUGUUCAACUUCAGAAGUAUAUCCUACUGACAUCAAACUGAAGUCAGAAAACUGCUCUGCUGGUUUCAGUUUUGUUAACAGUUUGAGCGAGACAAUAAACAAAGAUUUAAGGCCUCAUUCAUGAUGUCUUAGGAUUUUUUUAAAUUGGUUCUCAUGAAGGUAUUUCACAAAAUACAUUUUGCACUCACACAUUAGCACAUACACGACAGGAAGAGAGAUUUUGAGAGUUUUCAGGCUUUGCUCCUGCAUUAUCCUUGAUAAGAGAACUUUAGUGAAUGUCAGAAUCUUAAAAACUGCACAAGUGGGUUUGAAAAACAAAUUUCUUCUCAAGAACAGCUGGUUUCUGAGGCCUGUUGUCUAUAAUGACAAAACUUUUAUCUCUUUGUGUUGAUUUUGUCUCUGUUGUUGUUGGUAUUUGCCAGCUGGGCCUCGCAAUAAAUAGGAACCCAGGUUAUUUAAAACUGAGGCGGAUCAGAGCGGCUCAAACCGUGGCAAAGACGGUCAGUAUCAUAUCUUGUCAUUAAUGGCUUAAACAGCCAAUUAUUUUACAUCAGUGGAGAUAAUGAUGUUGAUAAUCAUGUUCAUAAUUAUGUCUGUGACCUUCUCCAGGUGGCAACAUCUCAGAAUAAGAUGUACCUUGAUGUCGACAGUUUGGUCCUUAACCUACAAGAUCAGACCUUUUUUAAUAAGUAGGUUUGCACCCUCUCCUUCACUCACUCUCCUUCACUCACUUUAGCUUGCUGUGGCGUGUAAACACAUUCUAAACACUCAUGUAACAGCUGAUCGAUUUGAUAAUCCCACUGUAGAGAUAAGUUAUUCUGAUGCACAGAUAAUAGCGAGCAGUAGUAUAGUAAAUAGACUGUUUCUAUAGUCCUACCUCUCGUCUUCUGAACACCCAAAGCGCUUUUAACUUACGUAUUGCAUUCACCCAUUCACACCACAUUCACACACUGAUGGUAAAGGCUGCUAUGCAAAGAGUCCAACUCUUAUCUGAUUCACACACUCCUGAGCAUAGCCAGAAGGGCCAGUUUGGGUUGAAGUGUCUUGUGAAAGUGUCACUUUCAAAUAUAGACAGCAGGACCAGGGACUGAACUCCCAACCUUCAAGUUAAGAGACAAUCAACUACAUACACCCCUACUAAUUAUAAAUAAUGAAGAGUGCUCUGAUCGUCUUUAUCACGUGUCAUGUGGUGAUGCUUGUAUCCUUUUUUGUCAGCAUGUCGUCGGUUCAGAAGUGAUGAAGAGGACAUGAGGGGAGGGAGUACGACUGUCCAUCAUCGGCUUUUUGACAGAGAGAAUCAAAUAGAGGACUCUGUAAAGUUGGUUUUAGGUCCGUACAAUCGCUUCAGGAGCAAUUUCACUGGGACUUUCUAAUGCACAAAAACUGGAGUGAAUGUAUUUAUUUGUAUUUAUUCACCAUAGUGAGUUAGCCUGAUAAUGCCAGGCUAACUUUCCCUGGCAUCUUGUGCAGAGAGACCGAUUUCUGUCUGUAUUCUUCUUCCAUUGUAACUAUUGAUCUGGCUGCCACUUUUCACACACAUAUGACAAAAUCAUCUCUCAGUCUUCUUAUUGGUCUCCUCAGUAAGUAUGGCAUGGAGAUGUUUGUCAGUGCUCCAUAUCUCUGCUAAUGUGAGAUAGUUUUACAAUGUUAGGGUUGUGUCGGUUCAUGCAACAAAUAUAAUAUUGCAGCUUUCUGUGAUCAACUUAUUCAUCAAUAGAAUUACAUGAAUUAAAAUCUGAUAACUUGU